AUGAACCGCAGCCGCCAGGUGACGUGCGUGGCCUGGGUCCGCUGCGGCGUGGCCAAAGAGACGCCAGACAAGGUAGAACUUAGUAAAGAAGAAGUGAAACGUCUCAUUACUGAAGCAAAGGAAAAAUUACAAGAAGAAGGUGGCAGUGAUGAAGAAGAAACGGGCGAUCCUUCGGAGGAUGGCAUGCAGAGUGCCCGUACCCAGGCCCGACCACGGGGGCCCCUGGAGGAUGGCGACCCAGAAGAUGACAGGACGCUGCAUGAUGACGAGCUGGCCGAGUACGACUUAGAUAAAUAUGAUGAGGAAGGCGACCCAGAUGCUGAAACUCUUGGUGAAUCUCUCUUGGGUCUUACAGUCUAUGGGAGUAAUGAUCAAGAUCCUUAUGUCACUCUGAAAGAUACGGAGCAAUAUGAACGUGAAGAUUUCUUGAUUAAGCCCAGUGACAAUCUCAUAGUUUGUGGCAGAGCUGAACAGGACCAGUGCAAUUUAGAGGUGCAUGUUUAUAAUCAAGAAGAAGAUUCUUUUUAUGUCCACCAUGAUAUCCUGUUGUCUGCAUACCCUUUGAGUGUGGAAUGGCUAAAUUUUGAUCCUAGCCCAGAUGACUCAACUGGAAAUUACAUUGCUGUGGGAAACAUGACCCCUGUUAUUGAAGUGUGGGACCUGGAUAUAGUGGACUCUCUAGAGCCAGUCUUCACACUUGGAAGUAAGCUGUCGAAAAAGAAGAAAAAGAAAGGAAAGAAGAAUUCCUCAGCAGAUGGGCAUACAGAUGCUGUCCUUGACCUUUCUUGGAAUAAGCUGGUCAGAAAUGUGCUGGCCAGUGCAUCAGCUGAUAACACUGUUAUUCUGUGGGAUAUGUCCUUGGGGAAGCCAGCAGCUAGCCUUGCCGUACACACAGACAAGGUCCAGACUCUGCAGUUUCAUCCAUUUGAAGCACAGACUCUGAUUUCUGGAUCAUAUGAUAAGUCCGUGGCUCUGUAUGACUGCCGGAGUCCGGAGGAGAGCCACCGGAUGUGGCGCUUCAGUGGGCAGAUUGAGAGAGUGACUUGGAACCACUUUUCACCGUGUCAUUUUUUGGCCAGUACAGAUGAUGGCUUUGUAUAUAAUUUGGAUGCACGUUCAGAUAAGCCAAUUUUUACACUUAACGCACACAAUGAUGAAAUUUCUGGUCUUGAUCUAAGCAGUCAAAUCAAGGGCUGUCUUGUGACUGCAUCAGCAGACAAGUACGUGAAGAUCUGGGACAUAUUAGGAGACAGGCCAAGUCUGGUUCACUCUCGCGAUAUGAAAAUGGGAGUUCUCUUCUGUUCUUCCUGUUGCCCUGAUUUGCCAUUUAUUUAUGCUUUUGGAGGUCAGAAGGAAGGGCUUCGGGUCUGGGAUAUAAGCACAGUCUCUUCAGUAAAUGAAGCAUUUGGAAGACGAGAGAGGCUUGUUCUCGGCAAUGCAAGAACUUCGUCUAUUAGCGGCCCCUUUGGGAACAGGAGCUCAGAAACACCAAUGGAGUCUUAA